UAACAACUCAAAACACUUUUUCUUAUCUCCUUUUCUCUUAAAAAAAUAUUUUUCAAUCAUAAAUUCACAUAAAGUUUUUUUAUGCACAUUCUCUAAAUAAACCAUUUGGCUUUCAAAUUCUCAUUAUUUUCCUUCACCCAAAAAAAAAACUUAAAAAAAAAAUGAAAGAUAUGUUCUGUGCAUCCCAAGCUGCUACAGCAAUAUGCCUUAGCAUGGAAGAAUUAGGCUCUUCUUCUUCCUCCUCCUCUGUUAUACAACUCGGCGGCGGAAGCAUCUCCGGCAGCCGCACAAUUGAUCGGUACAAUCCAAUAAUAAGAGAUUCACGAAGAACAGGUCCUAAAUCAAUAUCUGCACCUUGCUCUGCUCGUUCACCAAUUCCUCCAAAACCACAUAGCAAGAGCAGAAAAUCAACUUCGAAAGAAUCGAAGAGAUCGAAAAAAUUACUGAUAGAGAAGGAUGAUGAGAAAAGGAAGAGCAGUGUUAGUGAAGGAAAUGAGAAUAUUUUUAAGACAAGUAGUUGGAGUUGUAAAAAGCCUGGUGAAUUUAUAACUCCACCUGGUUCAUCUAGAUAUCUUUUGAGUGAGAAGAAUAUUUUGGAUGCUUUAUCAGAUUUUGAACCUGUUCUCAAAUUGGUUGAUUCUAGUAGUAGUAGCUCUGUAGCAGAAGAUGUGAAAACAGAGACAGAUCAAUCUUGUCCUCCACCUUCUGCUUCUGCUAAUCAGGUGGUUGUUCUUAGAGUUUCACUUCACUGCAGAGGAUGUGAAAAGAAGAUGAGAAAACACAUCUCUAGAAUGCAAGGUGUGAAAUCUUUCAACAUAGAUUUUGCUGCUAAGAAGGUGACAGUAACUGGGGAUGUGACACCAUUAGGAGUUCUUGCAAGCAUUUCCAAGGUAAAAAAUGCACAGUUAUGGACACCAACACUGGCAUCUGCUGUCCCUACAGCCAAAGUUAAUUUGAGUAAUUCUGAGUUGAAGAAUAAUGACAAGCAGAUGGUGUUAUCUCAUGAAAAGAUAGAAAAUGUUACUCCAACUACAACAACAAUUCAACUAAUGUAAAUCAUCUUCUUUUUUGUUUUUGUUUUUUGUGGCUUAGUAAGACUUUAGAGAAAUGGAAUUUUAGAUUGGGAUUGGUUUAUCAUCUUCCUGAUGGAUUUCACUUUUUUAGUGCUUAUGAACUUCUCAAUCAUGGAAAA